UUUUUCUCUUUUUACAGUGAACAAGAAGAAGAGACCAGUGAACACAAACAAACCUGUGAUUCCUGGCUAGACUCUAUUAUUCAUCCACAACAGUUCUGUUCCUGAAACACCAGGAUAAUGGCCAAUAAGAAAAAAGUAGUGGUGACAGGGUUUGAGCCCUUUGGUGAGCACACUGUGAACUCGAGCUGGGUGGCAGUACAGGAACUGGUGCGAUUAGGAUUGGGGGAGAUGGUAGAUCUUCAUGUGUAUGAGCUGCCUGUUGAUUAUCAGGCUGUUCAAGACAUUUUACUGUCUCUGUGGAAAGAACAUCAGCCCCAGCUAGCUGUCCAUGUGGGUGUUUCUGGGAUUGCAACCUCAGUCACUUUGGAGCAGUGUGGCCACAACAAGGGCUAUACACGUCUGGACAACCGCAGCUUCUGCCCUGCCUCCCACUGCUGCAUGGAGAAUGGACCAGACUACAUAAAAUCAGUCAUAGACAUGGACACGGUGUGCAAAAGGGUCAACGGGUCAAACAUCGGGAUAACUGUGUCUGUAUCUAAGGAUGCUGGAAGGUAUCUUUGUGAUUACACCUACUACACCUCACUGCAUCAAGGCCAGGGCUACUCUGCAUUUGUCCAUGUGCCUGCAUUAGGAGGACCCUACAGCAGUGAGGAGCUAGGCAGAGGCCUUCAGGCUGUUGUAAAGGAAAUGCUGAACUUACUUGAGGUUGAUUACAAUGAAUGGGGGGAAAAAGACAACAAACAUUGCCAUCAUAAGCAAUGACACUAAACAGGACCCUUACUAAACCACUUACAUUUUGUAGAAAUUAAUGAAGAGUUGAUUUUGUUGUAUGAUUUAAAAAGUCAAAACAAGUGGAGACCGCCAUAGUGAUUUGUAUAUAUCACUAGUUUAAAGUGAUCCAAACAUGAAUUUUUCACUUUAAUUUCUUUAAGUGUCUAUCAAUGACAGUAGUGUAAAGGCGCAAUAAUCUCAGGGAAACUGCAAUGGAAUCAACACUGUGCACUUGACCUAAUAAAUGUGCUUAUUGUCACUUUGCAAAGCAUUACUGUGAAGAAAUAAAGUACUUGUUGAUAUAUGUUUUUCGUGGUUA